CUGCUUCAAGGCUUAGAUUUUCAAUUAACCGUUUACUCUGGAUAGGGUUCAUUGUGCUUAUAGUACUCAAGUUGAGUUACAGUAUGUUUUUAGCUGUUGAAUUUCUUAUACGGGUUCUGGCUCUUGCAUCAUUUGUGAAAGCUGGAGUUGUAAGACUUGGAGUUAUUGAUGAAGAUUUGGCGCCCAGUAUUACUCCAUCUGGCAUACCUUCAGUAGAUUUGCAGAGUUACCACAUAUUAUUGGUUGAUGAUGAGCCCAUUAUCGAUUCAGAAGUUGGCUAUGGUAAAGGUUCUGGGGAUCAUGAAAGUGCAGAAAACGACCCGAAAGUCUUGAGUAAUCGUGAAUGGAAGAAACUUCGGCGAUACGUUAAUCGUCAACUCAAAGUACCCCAACGUUAUUUGAAACAGAUUGUAAGGAGUUUUAAUAAAGUUGUAAAACUGCGGUCAGCUGAUAACGAUGGUACUCGUGCUAUUAGGAGAACAUCUUCGCCAAGUUUAGAAAAUUUAGAUAUUGAAUUUUUAAAUGAUAAGCCAGAUUAUUUUCUCUCAAGAGAUAUUAUAAUAAAUCGGUGUAAGAAUUUAAUAUUUUUAAGAAAAGUUGGUAUUGAUGAUUACUAUAGUGAUUAUGAUGAGUAAAAAUAAAUAAAAAUCUAAAUUUAAAAA